UUACUUUGUUAUUUCUAUUUUAUCCGUGGCAUUACGGGUGAAAUAGUAAUGACAUUUCGAUAAUUUCUGUUAUUACCUUUAAUCGAAUCUGAAGAUGGAAGCUGCUCCGCGACUACCUAUGAUAAGUUGUGAUCUUAAACUAAGUCCGAGUAAUACAGAAUUUGGUCCUAUACUUAAAAAGUAUAUUAGAGAUCAUUACCAUGAAGAUCCAGAAUCUUACAACAAGGAGAUAAAAGAACUUGAGGCAUUAAGACAGAAUGCAAUUAAAGCUCCAAUGGAUUUCACAGGAUGCAGCAUCAUGAAGCGUUAUUAUUCUCAACUUCAUAAAUUACAAAGUCGUUUUCCUAUGACUGAUGAUGGGGCAGCUUGUGUACCAUUCAUGUGGACGGAUAUAUAUUCAGGAGUUGCAUACAACAUCACUGAUAUUGAAUAUGAAGAAGCAUGCAUACUAUACAAUAUUGGUGCAUUACAUUCCAAAUUAGGAACUAUGGAUUCAAGAAGUGAUGCUGAGGGCAUGAAGAUCGCAUGCACACAUUUUCAGUGUGCGGCUUGGGCAUUCCAGCAUCUCCGUGAUACUUAUCCACAGCCUAAGGGUAGUGACAUGUCUCAUGAUCUUCUUAUAUUUUUCAUAAAUAUUAUGUUGGCGCAGGCCCAGGAAUGCAUUUUGGAAAAAUCUAUGUUAGACAGCAGGAAGUCUACAAUUACUGCAAAAAUUGCAACACAAAUACUUGACUACUAUAAAUGCGCCUUGGGCAUAAUGGUAUCAGGCAGUCCCAGUACGGACACUGGAAGUAUUUUAGAUAUAGUUGGAUCUAAAAUUUUCAAGAGUUGGAAGAAAUUCAUUGAAUUUAAGAUGUCUUAUUAUACAAGUAUUUCUCAUUUAUAUAUGGGCAAUUUGGCUGAAGAGCAUGAAAAAUGGGGAGAGCGUGUUGCUUGGUUUCAAUCAGCAUAUGAUCAUUUGACAGAAGCCUUCAAAAUUGCAAAAAAUAUUGACAAUAAUGAUUUGACUGAAUCUUUAACCUUUACCAUGGAUGUUAUUGGGGGCAAGCAUAAUUCAUCUAAAAAGGAAAAUGAGUUUGUGUAUCAUGAGAAAGUACCGGCACUUAGUAGUUUACCUGAACUAAAAGGGGCAUCCUUAGUCAAAGGAAUACCUUUCAGUAUAACUGAUCCAGAUGUGUCUGGACCAGAUAUUUUUGCACGCUUGGUUCCAAUGGAAGCACAUGAAACUUCAUCAUUGUAUAGUGAAGAGAAGGCAAAGAUUUUGAGGUCUGUUGUAUCAAAAAUUGAAGGGAAAAAUGAAGAGCUAAUGGCAUAUUUAUCAUCUCUACAACUUGAAAGUGGAUUGUCUUUCCAAGAUCAAGAAAAAAUCCCACAAGAAUUGCUUGAGAAAUGUGCGGCAAUGAGUGUGAAACCAAAUGCUAUUUCAGAAUUGACUGAAUCAAUGAAUGAAUUGUUAAGAAUAUCUAAAGAAGUUGAUGAGGCAUUAAAGCAGUCAUCAGCAAUUCUUACAGAAGAGGAAGAAAAGGAAUUGAAAUAUCAGGAAACCUUUGGAAAAAGAGGACCUUCUAUGAUCAUUGUUGAACUCAAGAAAGAAUGUUCAAAGUAUGAAGAAGCUCAUAAAAGGGCAGUUGAAUCAAACAAUACUUUGCAUACUGCUAUAAAUGUUCAUGUGAGCAAUAUAAGCAAAUUGCUUUUGCCUCUUGAAGAAUUGGCAGAAAUACUACCUUCUAUGAACUCUAUUAAAACUCCUGAAAACGUGAAAAUUGUGGAGGAGUUCAAUCACUUAAUAAAUAAAGUUGAAGAAAUGCGUAAACAAAGGCAGUAUUUGGAACAACAAUUGAGAGACUCUUUGAUUAAAGAUGAUAUUACUAAACGCUUAGUUACUUUGAGCAAGAAGGAAGAUCUGCAAAAUACUUUUGCUGAAGAACUGAAGAAACAUUCAGAAAUUUUGACUUAUCUGGACCAGAAUUUAGCUGCACAAGAUAAUAUUCUAUGUGCACUGACAGAAGCUAAUGCUCAUUAUGCUGAAACAAGGAAGGCCAUAACAGAAAUCAAACACCAACGUGCUGAUAUGACAAAUGCUCUUGUGAGUUCCUAUGAAGCAUAUGAUGACUUAAUUUUAAAAAUAAAGAAAGGACUAGAGUUCUAUCAGAAACUUCAAACCAAUGUUACUCGUCUUCUUACUCGAAUACGAAGUGUCACUAAAGUACAGGAUGAAGAAAGAUCUCAGAUGAUAACUGCUGAUUUACGGAAAGGAUCAAAAAUGUCACAAAAUACAAGUGUUAACGUGUCUUCAGAGCAGCGUGUUCCAAAAUUAAAAGACUAUUUGCAACAUUUCGCAAAACGAGGAACAGUUAGUUCGAUGCCUGGUGUGCCUUAUAAUGGCUACCCAUCAACUCAAGUUCAGUCAGUGCCAUCAGUAACUCCUCAAUUUGUAACAGAACCCAUGCGGCAAGCUACGUUAGGUGGACCUGUGAGUGCAGAAUUUGAUAGAAAAUUAAAGCCUGCAAUGUUAGACAGUACCCGGAAAGAUGAGAAUUUGGAAAUAUCUUCUAUAGGUGUUCGCCCUACUCCUGUUGGAUCUGAACAAACAUCUAUUCCUGCAAUGUGUACCACUGCACUCUCAAGUGCUGAUGUCGAUCAAAGUUCUGCACAGCCUCAGCACUGGCCUCAGGCUAUGACACCAUCAGCUACAUUUAGUGGUUAUGGCACAGCUAAUAUACCAUAUCAAUAUCCAGCUGUAACAAACUCUCACUCCCAGUUACCAUCUAGUGCUACAUUUACUAGUUUGAGAGAUGCAAAUUUGCAGGCUUCCCAAACAUAUAGCAGUAUGCCUUUAUCUAGUAAUAACAACUCUGCAAGUCUUUACUAUAAUGAUAAACUGAAUUUUGCAUCACCUCAGCUGCAAGGCAGUGUACCUGCAGCAGUGGCUUCAAGUGCAGAAAGUUCAAAUACAGUUGCUGGAUCCAUUUUCCAGUCAAUACAAACCUCUGUAGCUUAUCCUUACAAUAAUAAUAUGCCUGCAUCUACUGCAGGUCCUAGUUCUAAUGUUUCACAUACUAGUAGGGAAUCAGUGAGUUAUUCAGCUACUAAUAUUGGACAAAAAUGUGAUAAUUUUGCCACUAUUAGGAAUCCUGUUAGGGCCUCAGUGCCUCAAUAUGGUGGUUUUAGUCAGUUCAAUAAUAAUGUCCCGUCUGUUGCAAGUUCAAAUAUGCCAACUUUUGGACAGCAUGUUGUUUCUCCCAACAGCACUGCCUCACAGAUUAGUUAUCAACAUCAAGUAUAUCCAUUUGCAGAGCAGUCAAAAUUAUUUCAUCCACCAGCAGGACAGCAAAAUCAAUAUCAUUUACCACAAGGGAAUCAGUUUACUCCACCACCAGGAUAUAUUUUACCAUCUUCAACUUACGAUCCAAGAAUUCAAGCCAGUGCAAGCUAUGAUCCAAGGAUCCAGACAGGUGUUAAUAAUUACCACCCUUCUGUGCAGUAUUACCAUGCAUCUGGGAAUGUAGUUCAGGCUGGACAGUCAAGUGUUACUGCUUCUAUGGACACGAGGACAAGCACAUUCAAUUCAGUAAAUCCAUAUUCAUUUGCUAGGAUUCCUUCUAGCAGUCAGCCACAGCAUAUUCCAAGUAGUCAUGUGAUGAACUCUUCAGAUGGUAAAAUGUACAUGACUCCUAAUGCUGUUGUUACUAAUUCUCAAAUAUCUUCUUCUGUUAAGACUAUUCCACAAACUAGUUUUAGCUCAAUGAAUGCUGCUGUCCCUCCUGGUACUACUAUGUACAGUUCAGUGGCUCCUAAUUCAUUCCAACCUACAAUAGAAAAUGCAUCAGUGGCCUAUCCUGGGGGACAGUCUACCUAUCAAAAUGUUCCUUCAUCACUUAAUCAGUUUUCUUCUCCAGUCAGUCAGCAGCCUUCAGCCUCAGCUUAUUCAGGAACUGUGAUGAACACUCCUGGAAGUAUUGCAUCUCAGCAUCUUGCCACACAACAGUCGAAUGUUUCAUCUACUUUGCAGAGUGCACCACUUCCUUAUUCUGGUAAUGCAUAUGCUACUCAGCAACCUUUUCCGCCUGCUGUUGAUCCACUAAGCAACUGCAGCAUGGCAAGUGCUAAUGGGAUUUAUAACUCUAAUAAUAGUAUACCUAAUCAGCAACUUCCUAUUCCAAUAGAACCAAUACCUCUUGUGCCUAGCCCACCUGUUCAGCCUGCUGCCAUAGCUGAAAUUUCUCAGGUUGCUGAAUUGAAGAGUCCUGCUCCAGUUGUUCUGAGCUCAACUUAUACAGAGUCACAGUUAAAAAGUGUUUCUGACAAUAUCACACAACAGCCAAAACCUAACACAGCUGAUGCCACAGAAGCUAAAAUAGAGCUUACAGCACAAUCACCUGUUCAUGCAUUGGAGCCUAAGGUAAGUGUAUAUUUUUUUAAACAUGUACAAAGGGUGUUUCAAACAAUGGAAUGGCAAUAG